AAGAUACAGAAACACCUGCCUUCAUUUUCACUGCAAAAAUCAGGUGGAGCAGGGACUCAGCUGCACAUGGGACAGGCCGGGGAAUCAUGCUUGAUGGCAGCUGUAUUUGCCAUCUCCACUGAGAGAUGUUGGAAACACCAGUCUUCAGUCUGGUGGAGCCCAUAGGCCGGCAGCCUAUUCAGGGGAAACAGUAGGAGGAUGGCUUUCAGGAGAGUGAGAGGCCCGAAGGUUUGUGGCUGUCGCUGGGCCACAACCCAUCUCCCACCCAUGCAGUAGAGGCACAAGGUGGAUCCCUUCCUGUUUUAAGUGGGCGUGUCAGAAGAGGAACCCAGAGUCCGGAACUAAAGGCAGCCUGGACUUAAACUAUACCCGGAUGGUCUUCCAGGAAGGACCCAUCCCGGAAGUGGACUGUAAAAACUCAACUAGCUGCUGUUUCCUCUCGAAGAGGCAGUCUGUAGACUGGUGGUUGGCGCGAGAAUCUGGUGGCCCUCGAGACUCAUCUCUGGGCAGCCAGGCCGCCUCUUGCAGUUGAGGAAAGCGGAGGAAUUUCCCCACGAAGCAGAGUCCAGUGCGCAGGCGUGUGGGUGGGGCUGGCUCUUAAAGGGGCCGCACGGUGCGGAAUCGGUGGAGCUGGUGUCGCCAAGCGCGAGGCUCUCAGGCGGGAAUGGGUACUAGGUGCCCCGAGGACCAGGCCCCGUUGGCACCGAGCUUGGAUCUACUCUGCGGACGUGCCCAAGAAGAGCCGCAGGUCAGAGUCGCCCCUUCCGGCCUCUAGCUCGCCUUGCUAUGGCUCACGUUGGCUCUCGCAAGCGCUCGAGGAGUCGCAGUCGGUCCCGGGGUCGGCGGGGGUCAGAAAAGCGAAGUAAGAAGAGUAGCAAGGACGCCUCGAAGAACUGCUCAGCCUCCAAGUCCCCAGGUCACAAGGCCUGCAGCACCUCUGAGGAGAGAAGCAAGCACAAGGCCCGGAGGACAGCGAGGUCCAGCUCUUCCUCCUCCUCUUCCAGUUCUUCCAGCUCCGCAUCGUCCUCAUCCUCCAGUGAUGGCCGGAAGAAGCGGGGGAAGAACAAGGAUAAGAAGAGGAAGAAGAAGAAGAAACGGAAGAAGAAGCUGAAGAGGAAAGGCAAGGAGAAAGCCGUGGUGCUGCACCCGGCUGAGGCUCUGCCCGGCCCCUCACUGGAUCAGUGGCACAAAUCAGCCGGGGAGGACGAUGGCCCAGUCCUGACUGAUGAGCAGAAGUCUCGUAUCCAGGCCAUGAAGCCCAUGACAAAGGAGGAGUGGGAUGCUCGACAGAGUGUCAUUCGCAAGGUGGUGGACCCAGAGACAGGUCGUACAAGGCUCAUCAAGGGAGAUGGUGAGGUUUUAGAGGAAAUCGUAACCAAAGAACGACACAGGGAAAUCAACAAGCAAGCCACCCGAGGGGAUGGCCUAGCCUUCCAGAUGCGAGCAGGCCUGCUUCCCUGAGGGCCCUGGUUUCCCAGGUCUGUGAACUACUGUUGGUGGCUUGAAGACAGAUGGGUCCAAUUGCCUUUUCUCCCGUGGGUGGCCUCUGGCCUAGUCCAGCAUCCUCUUGGGUGUAGUGGGUAGCUUCCUAAGCACCAUUUUGGGAGAGUGUAGUGUCAAUAUUAAAUAAUCUUGGUCAGA